UUAAUAAAUGCCAUCAGUAGGUUUAAACUUAGAUCUCGGGCAUUAUACAAUACUUUUCAGCAUUAGGACGUUACAUUUAGACUAGUACCAUGAGGAAGAAAUCUUACGUUUCAAAUAGUUACUCCAGUCACCGAAAGAUGUGCCUGGUACCAUACAAACUAGCAAAUUCUACUAAAUAAUAUACAUAGGAAACAGCAGAUACUGAUAAUCCACUUCACAUUAAUGAAAUAUAUUUAACUAUCAGUAUUAAACAUCAGUGUUUUUUUGACUGUCGCUGACUGAAAAUGGCUUCCAAAGUACUUAAGGUGAAACUGAACAAUGGACUAGAAGUACCAAUCUUCGGUUUGGGAACAUGGAAGUCGAAACCCGGUGAAGUUGUACAAGCAGUUAAGGAUGCUAUUGAUGUCGGGUAUCGUCAUAUUGAUGGUGCAUUUGUAUACGGUAAUGAAAAAGAAGUCGGAGCUGGAAUAGCAGCAAAAAUCGCUGAUGGAACAGUUAAAAGGGAAGACCUCUGGGUCACAAGUAAGUUAUGGAACUCCUACCACCGACCAGACUUGGUUGAAAAAAACAUCAGGGCCUCUUUGAGCUAUCUCGGAUUGAAAUAUGUGGACCUUUACUUAAUUCAUUGGCCAGUUGGAUACAAGGAAGACUUGGAGAAUUUCCCUAAAGAUGCCGAGGGCAACAUUUUGUUCAGCGAUGUUGAUUACCUUGACACCUGGAAAGCCAUGGAAGAGGUCCAAAAAAAAGGCCUAGCUAAAACUAUCGGACUUUCCAACUUCAACAAGGCGCAAAUUUCGAGAAUUCUGGAAAAUUGCACCAUCAAGCCAGCUGUACUACAAAUUGAGUGCCACCCUUACUUGAAUCAGAAGAAAUUGAUCGAUUUCGCACACUCCAAAGGAAUCGCUGUGACUGCUUAUAGUCCUUUGGGCUCACCAGACAGGCCAUGGGCUCAACCAGGCGAUCCGCAAUUGUUGGAUGACUCAAAGCUACUUGCACUUUCCAAGAAGUAUCAGAAAACUCCUGCCCAAAUUCUUUUGAGAUAUCAAGUUGAUAGAGGCGUAAUUGUUAUUCCUAAAUCAGUAACGAAAGCAAGAAUUCAACAGAAUAUUGAUAUUUUUGACUUCAAACUGAGUCCUGAGGACAUUGCUUACAUCGACACUUUUGAUGUUAAUGGUAGAUUGUGCCCAUUAGCUACUGCUGUGGAUCACAAAUACCAUCCAUUCACAAACGACGAAUAUUAAGAAAAAGUUACAAAAUUAAGACACUUUGUAAUUCGUUGACUUCAUUAAACUGUUGCAUUGUUA